AUGGUUGGAAAUAUUUCUGGUAAUGAUAUUGAUUCAGGUGAUGUUUUUGCUGAAUACUUUGCUGUUGCCCCACCAAGAGGAAAAAAUUUACAUCGAGGAAUUUUCCUCUUGUUCAAACAACCUAAGAAACUUCAUUUUGAUGAGAAACCAAUUGAUAAGUAUACUGUUGAUGGACGAGCUAGUUAUCCACUAAAGGAAUUUUCCGAGAAAUAUGAUUUGGGUGGACCUGUUGCUGGAAACUUUUAUUUGUCUAAAUUUGAUCAACAUGUGAUGGAAGUUUAUGAAAUGCUGAAUUGUUGUUUCAAAUAUAAUGAACCAGAAAAAUAA